AUGCGGUCGCCUCCGCGGCUGGGCCGAGGUGCCCGAGCGCGCCGCCGCGUGCGGCACGGGCAGGCGAGCGAGGCGAGGACCGCGGAGCCCUCGGAGGUUCGGCGGCCCAGCCCAGCGGGGCCCGCGGCUCCACCUGGCCGCGGCGGGGGCGCUGGGGGCGGCGGACGGAGGCCGGGCGCCCUCUUCGCGGCGCGCUCGCUCGGCCGCUCCCUCCCCCGCGGCCCUGCCCGCGCCGCCCCGCGCACGGCGGGUAUUGUUUGGCUCGGCGGCCGCGGUGGGCGGCUCCCGCCCACCAGCCCGCCCGGCGCCGCCAUUGGUCGCUGCCGCGCCGUCAAUCCAGCGCCCCCGCCCCGAGGCGGGCCCGCCCCCUCCACCCGGGCGCCGCAGCAGCUCUCAGCAGCCCCAGCCGCUACGGAUGGUGGCAGCCCGCCGGGUCGGCCGGCCUCUCGCUCCGCGCCCCCGUGCGCCUGGGCGCGACGGCUCCUCGUCCUGCGGGCUGAGGCGGUCCCCGGAGCCCGCCGGCCGGCCGAGGGAGGGCCUGGGCCGCGGGGAGCCGGGGUGGGGUGGGGUCACAGCGCCCUUGGUUGGGCACUCUAUGCCCACGCCCUCCCGUAG